AUGAAGAGCCGGUUUUGGAGUUUUAGUUUACUUGCCUUAUUCAGCUUUGUGAACUCAAUCCAUAGCCAGACUCUUGACUUGGGAGUCGGAAAAUGCAAGAAAAUUGAAGUCCGUAAAGAAUGGAGGGCGCUAUCGAAAUCCGAGAGAAAGGCAUGGAUUAACGCUGUUAAUUGUCUUAAUCAAACUCCACGUUCGGGAAAGCUCAGUCCACCGGUGAAUACUUCCCAGCACUCGCCUUUUGAUUUUAUUGUGCCAGCCUCUUCCGGCGGAACAUAUUAUGAUGAACUUGUAUACACUCAUAUGAACCUCAACCCGAUCAUUCAUAUGACUGGUCUCUUCCUUCCUUUUCACAGGCUGUAUCUUCACGAAUGGACGAAUGCUCUACGAACCAAGUGUGGAUACAAGGGUGUGGCACCAUACUGGGCAUGGGAGAGUGACGCGGCCGAUUUUGAGCAUAGCUCAAUCUGGGACCCGAAUCCUCUGCAUGGCUUGGGCGGAUUCGGUGACGCUAACGACGACUAUGUUGUCAAGGACGGAGGGUUGAACAUAUCGGUUAUUUAUCCAAUGCAAGUCAUUUAA